GUUUUCUUUAAAGGUUAUAGAAAAGACAGAAAGGUUGUGAGAUCAGCCCACCUGAGGAGCCUCAUCCAACAUCUACUGCUCAGAGUACCAUCAGUUCCCUUGCUAAGGAGGGGUAAAAAUGAGCCAGCUCACAGAACUAGUUCUUCUUACAGUCUUCUUGGCACUCUUCGGUCAAGCUGAAGCAAAUCCUUUCGUUUACAACUAUGAGGCGCUGAGGAUCGGGGGUUUGGUCUUCACAGCCCUGCUUGUAGCCGGAGGGGUUGGAGUUCUGUGUUGGGGGCAGUGCAAACCAAAAAGAAAGAAUGACGAAGACGCAAGCAAAAUCUAAAGAUCGAGGACUUCAUCUGCUGAAACUUUCCAUUGGAUUUUUGACUGAGUAGAAGACUGUUUGAUUUCUGUAUAGAAAUGGCUAAUUAGCUCCACUUCUCACCUGUCCUUUAUUGUAGAUUUUCUAUUAUAUCAAUAUUUUUCAACCAUUUAAUUUAUGCAUUAAUCACAGUCCCUGCCCAAAAAACUAAGCUGUUGUUAUUUUGAAUUUGUAGAAUUAUUCUAUAAAUUUCAGCAAUCUCUCAAAGUGGCAUUUUAAUAAAGAUUCUCAGUUAUGGGACUGCAAAA